CUGAGCAAGGAAUUCCGAACAACGUACUGCUAGUAGCGGGAUUGUUUUCUUUCGUGACAAUAAAGUUUAUUGAACCUUUAUUCUGUAAAUAAUCACCGCAGUUAUAGUUUUUUAAUGAUAGGGACAGUAUUAAAACUGUCAUGUGAUUUUUAAUUAAAGGCUGAAGUGUGAUUUAUACUUUUAAGUAUUGAAAGCUUGAAAAGGAGGUGACUUUUUUCUUUUAAGCUUCAACAAUUGUUACUAAUCCUGUAACGUAACAUGUAACUUCUUCAAAAUAUAAAUCACUGGCUAGCAACUCUAGAAAAAAAACACAAUUCCAUAAAUUCCUGUUACAUGUUUAGAUUGUCGGGCAAGGAAUCUUAUUUUUAUGAACGAUAAGAAGUGAUUUUUAAUGAAGCACACCUCGAAAUCAAUGCAUCCUUAAGGUAUUCUAAUAUUAAAUAGCUGAUAUGUCUUUUAAGUAACUUGUAUUAAUUCUCUUAUCAAGAUAAACACUCGUAUUUACACGAGGCAUCAAACGUUAAAGUGAACCAUCUUAGAACUACUUUGGGCCGAAAUUUCAGUUCAGCAGUUCCUUUUAUAUCCAUUCAGAGGAUGAAAUUCAUUACGAGGUAUGUAGCAAGUUAUAUAAUAUCAAGAAUGUCAGUUACAGUUAUCAAUGUAGUGCAGAAAUUACAUGUUCUUGGAGAUGCCUAACAAAUCAUUUUCAACAAGCAGUGUUUAAAAGAGCACAUACAGAUCCACACCAAACACUAACCUCAUAUGUGUGAAAUUUGUAAGAUUUCAUUUAAUUGAAAAGGUAAUUUAAGCAUGCAUAUGCUAACUCACAUAGGCUAGAAACGUGACAUGAUUGAAGUACAUAAGAGGACUUUUAUUUAAAUCAUUAAUUUAGACUAGCGUUUGCUUAUUCACACAGGAAACUAAUGAAAUAUGUGUGAAGAAUGUAAGAAAUAAUUUUGUCAUAAGAGAAUUCAAACAAACAUAUGCUUAUUAACACAGGAGACAAGCCUCAAGCCUUCAUAUGUGUGUGAAGUAAGAAGUUAUUUAGCCAAAUCUUUAAUUUAAACAUGCACGUGUUUACUCACACAGGAGAGAAAUCUUAUGUGUGUGAAGUUUGUAAGAAGUCAUUUAGUCAGAAGAGUCCUUUAAUCACUCAUAUGCUUACUCACACAGGAGAGAAACCUCAUGUAUGUGAAAUGUGUAAGAAGUCAUUUAGUCAGAAGGGUAAUUUAAACAUCCAUAUGCGUAUUCACGCUGCAGAAAAACCUUAUAUGUGUGAAAUAUGUAAGAAAUCAUUUAGUCAGAAGCGUCUUUUUAACAAUCAUAUGCUUGUUCAUACAGGAGAGAAACCUUAUACGUGUGAAGUAUGUCAAAAGUCAUUUACUCAAAAGGCUAGUUUACACAGGCAUAUUCAAAUUCAUACAGGAGAGAAACAUCAUGUGUGCGAAGUGUGCAAGACAUCAUUCAGACAGAAGGGUUCUUUAAACAGUCAUAUGCUUAUUCAUACUGGAGAAAAACCUCAUAUCUGUGAAGUGUGUAAGAAGUCAUUUAAUGAGAAACGUUCUUUAAUCAAUCAUAUGCUUAUUCACACAGGAGAGAAACCUCAUGUGUGUAAAAUAUGUAAGAAGUCUUUUCGACAGAAGCUUACUUUAAACAGGCAUGUCCUUAUUCACACGGGAGAAAAACCACAUGUGUGUGAAAUAUGUAACAUGUCAUUUAGAGAGAAAGGUCCUUUAAAUACUCACAUGCGUAUUCACACAGGAGAGAAACCUCAUAUGUGCGAAGUAUGUAAGAAGUCAUUUAGUCAUAAGUGUGCUUUAAGCCGCCAUAUGCAUACUCACACUGCAGAAAAACCUUAUAUGUGUGAAGUUUGUAAGAAGUCAUUUAGUCAGGAGCGUGCAUUAUACAGCCAUAUGCUUGUUCACAGUGCAGAAAAACCUUAUAUGUGUGAAGUAUGUAGGAAGUCAUUUAAACACAAGUGUACUUUAAACAAUCAUAUGCUUAUUCACACGGAAGAGGAACUUCAUGUGUGUGAGGUAUGUAAGAAGUCCUUUAGACACAAGGGUUCUUUAAACACUCAUAUGCUUAUUCACACAGGAGAGAAACCUCAUGUGUGUGAAGUAUGUAAGAAAUCAUUUAGACACAAGAGUCCUUUAAACACUCAUAUGCUUAUUCACACAGGACAGAAACCUCAUGUGUGUGAAGUAUGUAAGAAGUCAUUUCGUCGUAAGGAUAGUUUAACCAGACAUAUCUUUAUUCACAGAGGUGAAAAUCCGGUUGUGUAAAAAGUCCUUAAGUCACAAGGGUAAAUUUGACAGGCAUAUGCAUGUUCACAGAGCAGAAAACACAUGUGUGUGCUAUAUAAAAAUUCAUUUUUAGUAAAGGAUCAGUAAAAUAUGCAUAUCCGCAGAAGAGAGUCUUUCAUUUUAUGUAUGUAACAACUCAUUUGGAUAGUAGAAUAAUUUGAAGAAAUAUUUGUUUAUGUACACAAAAGAGAAGUCCUCUGUCUUUUGAGGUGAUGGUUAAAUUAGUAUCAACAUUUAUUUAUCAUUGUAGCAAAGAUUUGCGCAUGCAGCAAAAAAACACUUUUUUUUUUUUUUUUUUUUUGCGGUACAAUUUCAUUCACAACCGUUGUCAGUAUUCUAUGGUGGCCAAAAUUCUUCGAAUUAAGAGAGGGAUUCAGUGGUAGAAUUUUAAAGACAUUAUAGCAUGUGAUAUAUAACGUACUGCUGAACCUCCGUGCAUUUUGUAAAUUGUCAUUUGAUGCAAUUAAUGAGAAAACUUUCUAUUUCUUUCCAAAAAUCUUCAUUUAACAAGAUAUACCUCAAGUCCUUUUUAAGUAAUGUUAACUUGAAGCUACAUUUUCUACUAGUCUGUCCUAUAGGGUCUAAAGCUGCUUGUGCCAAACUUGAUUGAAAAGCUAUUAUUCAGAAUCUGACUUGAUAUGUUUUACAUUUCGUCCAUUUUUUUUUUUUUUUCCAAAAGUUGAAUCCUUGACAGUGGAUUGCACUUUUCACAGCUUUUGCAUAAUUCAUAUUCAGUGUUACAUCUUUUACCUACCAAAAUGCACUCUGGUGAUCUUAUGCUUGUUACCACUUUGACAUACUUCUGAUACUGCAAUUUGGAAGCAUGACUAAAUGUUUCGUCACAUAAUGGGUACUGUAACUUGUAAGUGCUUUGUGUCUGUGUGUAUAUGUGAUUUAUGAUGAAAUACUGCAAACCUGCAGUCAAGUCACAUAGUUCUUUUUUUUUUUUUUUUUUUUUGAUACAUUUUAGCUAAUUAGAACUAUUGUCAGCUGACAUAACAAUUACAGCAACCCAUGUGUGUAAAGUACCUAAGCAGACAUUUGAAAAAAUGAAUUCAGUAUGGAAAUAUUUCUAUACAGCUGAUUAGGUGAGCAGAAGCAGCAGACUAUGUGGAGGAGUUGUCUGCUAAGUCAUGCAGCAAAAUUCACCACCCUGCAGCAAGCAUCAUUAACAGCCAAGUUAACCAUCUUCAGGACAAGUGGCUGAAGCAAGCAAAUCCAAAGGAAUGCCAGUCAAAAUUAAAACUUAAUACCCAAGUCUCAGAAAAACACGCAAUUAAGCCACAAACCUUGGGACCAGUUUUUCAGUGGCUGGCCUUAGUCCCAUAAAGUUAGAUGCCAAUAAACUGAAAAGCUAUGAUAGGUGUUGCAUCCUAUCCGUCAAUGAAAUCAUUUUAAAGCAAGCUUAUAAGUUGAUAAGCAAAAUAAUUGCAUCAUUGGGUAUGAGGACUAUCGUAAUGAUUGCACUGCCGGAUAAGAAGUCUAUGGUUCCUACAAUAAGCCAACUGUAAUAGCUCAGUAUGCUGUCACUAUUAAAAUUCUAACUUACAUAUUAUUAUUUCAUAUUAGUCAUAUCAAGUUCCAGAAUGAAUACUUUCUAUAUACAGAACUAUAUAAAUGCAAAAAAUCUGAGAAGUUAAUUAUAUAUAGAAAGCCUUCAUACAAAACUAAUAGCAUAUUAGUUCCAUGUAUAUUCUGUGAAAGUUAAUUGUUGGCGAAUUUAGAAUUAAUGCAUCAUCUGAGAUUUGAGAUAAAAUUUUUAAAUCAGAAGAUGCUGAAACAUGAAAUUUAUAUAUUUAUAGUGAAAUAAAGAUCUCAGUAAAGUAUAAUGAUAGAAUUUUUGUAAUUUUUUGCUAAAAUUAUGUGCUAUGAAAAUGUUAUUUUCAUUAAUGUUUAUAAUUUUUCCAUCAUAAUUUUUUUUUUGCCAAGGUUCCUCUGUUUUAGCUAUUUUAGAAAAAUUUGCUGUUGUUGUUGUUGUUUUAAUGUUAAAAAUGUCUUCUUUAUCAAUCAGCAUUACAUUAAAAUCCAUCUCAUACUAUUUGAAAAUGAAAUAAAUUUCAUUCUUUUCAAUAGUUUAAGAAUAUUUUCACAGAGUAUAAUUAUAGAAAAAAUGAAUUGAUACACUUAUAGUAUAUAUGUAAAGAAGAAUUUUAGAGAAAGAAUUUUUUUUCCCAUAACAGAAGCAUUUCAGUGGAUUCAGAGCUGUAAUAUUAGUUGACCUAAUAUGUAAACGGAAUGUUUAAUCAAACUAUUUUUAUUACACUUUAAUAAAAAUCACUGUAACUUUAAAAGUUAUUGAAUUUAAAAGGAAAAUAUAAAACUGCAGUAAUUUCAAGCCUCUUUAAUUAAAAUAUUCUUUGUCC